AUGGUUUCAGUCGAGAUGUUUGAGUUUUCGUAUGCAUCAAAUGAAGCUUGGAGUGAAUUGAAUCUUUUGAAGCGUCGACGAUCUGCUAGAUCUGCAAACCGUUAUAGGAAUCAGUACACUCAACAAAAUGAUAAGAUCUCAUUGGAUAAUUACAAAAAUUCUAAAUCUACAUUUUCGGAACCAAUCACUUCAAUUGACGGCAAUUCCGUUGGAUCUGUGAAUGGAGAAGGAGAAAGAAAAAAAGAAAAAUUGACUAAGAAUUUGAAGAAAGAAGAAAAGAAGAAAAAUGCAGCGAACGUUUGUUUUAAAGACUGUCAACAAAAGAAUCAGAAUUGUCCAGCAGGCCCACCAGGUCCUCCAGGUAGACCAGGAAAGGACGGGGAAUCAGGAGAACCUGGAAUAGAUGGAAUGAAUGGACCAUCUGGAAUAAGUGUGUCCGUCGCAGGGGGCUGUAUAAAAUGUCCUCCUGGAAAACCAGGUGCACGUGGCAAAAAAGGAAAAAUAGGGAAGAAAGGGAAGAAUGGAAAAAAUGGAAGAUCAGUGAAGGCUGUAGUUGGAUUGACAGGUCCAAUGGGAGAUAUGGGUUAUCCUGGAUAUCCAGGAUUCCCCGGUCCACGAGGUCCAAUUGGACCGCCCGGACAGAAUACAAAUAGGUAUAUCAAUCCGCGUGGUCCAGUUGGGCGACCAGGAAGAGAAGGAUAUCAAGGAGCACAAGGACCUGCAGGAUUCGUUUACAACACGGGAAUUGUGGGCCCUGUAGGAUUUUCUGGAAAGAAUGGACUCAAUGGGAGGACGGGAGCAACUGGAAUUGUAACAACCAUUCACUUAUAUCCAUCUAAAUCUCACAAUUUCAGAGAGGCCGAAUGGGUCGUCCCGGUCGAGAUGGAAACUACUGUGAGUGUCCGCCAAUGUCGAAACGAAAUCCAUUUUAUUCUCUGGUUUCUGUUUAAUCGAAUAAAUGAUUUGACGACAUCAUGUUGUGGCAAUUUGGGGUGA